AUAUGGAUUCAGCACCACUUAAUUUGGCCCACUUUCAUGAAAGACGAGCCGAGAAGCUGAUGAAACGGCAUCAGUACGAUGAAGCUAAUAAAGCCAUAGAAAAUUCAUUGUUUUAUGUUGCAGAUGCCAAGAAAACGGUACGAACAACAAAGGCUCUGGAAGUACUCGAUAUUAUAAAAUGGGAUUAUGAAAGAAAAUUACAACAAAUCGCUAUGCGAAAACAACAAUACGAAAGAAUGAAACAGAAGGAAAUUUUGCCGCCUGUAUGCCAAAGUGAAAUCAUCAAACCGCCUGAAAUAAUAAAUGCCCCCUCUAUUGCUGCCCGAUCCAUUGAUAAAACCAUUAAGGAAUUCAAUGAAAAGUAUGGUAGCGCUUCCCUAAUGUUGAAUAUGCAAGGUCUCUCUUUGGCACAGAGUAAUGAAAACAAUAAUCCCAAUUGUGGUGCUGAUGACUCAAAAGCAAGUCUAAAAAGCGAAGAAAAAGAUGAUAUUGCCAAAAGGCGUAUGAGUAUUUUAGAAGAACAUAUGCUGCAAACCGAUGAAGAACUACCUUCAUUGGCACCCUUGGAAUUGCCUUCUUUUGAUUAUACGGUUUUUAUGUCAUCGGGAUUGGUAGAAAAUUUCCAAAAAUAAUUUAAGCCAGCGAUA